CGAGGGUGUCGUUAAUGGGUGGCGUCCAUUAUAUUUCUUCCCCACCUUGGUGACGCCUCCUGCCAGCCCUUUCCCCUUCCCAUUUGGUAUGCUCGAGCGCUUCGUCGAGCGUCUUCGGAAAGUAAACGGAUUUCUAUUUCCCUUCCCGGAAUAAGAGAGCCGAUGAUGGGCGACGUGAAGUCGUCGAGCCCGAUGGGGAACAGGGAAAGGGAUCGCGAGUUGCUCAUCCCCGUCGCCACCGCCGCCGACGACCCCGAUUCCAGGGCCUCCUCCUCCUCUGCCUCCCCUGCCCACCACCACCACCACCAUCCCCAUCCCACCUCCCACUCCGGUCGAGAGGCAUGCUAUAAAGUCAUCCGUAGUUGGGUUUCAAAAAAGUUCAUGACUGGGUGUGUGAUUCUUUUUCCAAUUGCGAUCACCUUCUAUAUCACCUGGUGGUUUAUUCGUUUUGUUGAUGGAUUCUUUUCUCCAAUAUUUGCUCAGCUUGGGAUAAACAUAUUUGGACUCGGCUUUGUAACUUCCAUAUUGUUCAUCUUCUUGGUUGGAGUGUUCAUGUCAUCCUGGCUUGGGACAUCUGUCCUCAAUCUUGGUGAAUGGUUUAUCAAGCGGAUGCCAUUUGUACGUCACAUCUACAAUGCCUCCAAGCAAAUUAGCUCUGCUGUGUCACCUGACCAGAAUAAACAAGCCUUCAAGGAAGUUGUGAUUAUUAGGCACCCUCGGGUUGGCGAAUAUGCAUUUGGAUUCAUCACUUCCACCGUCAUUCUUCAGAGUUAUUCUGGUGAGGAUGAACUCUUCUGCGUCUACGUUCCAACCAACCAUCUUUACAUCGGUGACAUCUUUCUGGUCAACUCAAAUGAUGUUAUUAGACCAAAUCUCUCUGUUCGGGAAGGAAUCGAGAUUGUUGUUUCUGGGGGUAUGUCAAUGCCUCAGAUUCUCUCAACACUGGAUCCGCAUACAGUACCUGAGAGAACCAGAACCUACCCUUAGUUUGAGAUAUCAGAUACAUGCAGGGUAUGAUUUCUCAAGGCUUUAGGCUGUGGAAGACUUUUCUCCCAUUUUUCUGAGUGGGCUGGCAACUUUGGAUGCCUCUUAGCGUCGUCCUCCUUUUGACUCGGUUUAUAUAUCUGUCUUGUAAAUAGGUUAUAAGAAAUUUGGUAGUAUUCUACAUGCUGAUGUUCCAUAUUUUACUCUUUUAAGUUCCUCAUCGUGUUGUAAUUGUUAGGUAAUAUAUAGUUCCCGCAUUAUGGAUCGUACAAGUAUUUUUGGUAUAAUCAUAUUUUCUUUAGUUAGUCAUCUA